AGUAUAUUCUCAUAUCAAUAUCUCAAAGCUCUAAUCGGUGCUUUUGCCUUUGAGGUUUGUAAUUUAUGUCUUUGCUCUGAUAAAAUCGAAUUUGUUACUGAAACUAUGAUCACCAAUGUUACAAGGAUGAAAAGCUUCUUCAUCCUUGGAUUUCCUGGACUUUCACCACAGUAUUAUGGAACCAUAUCAACUUUUCUUUUUUUUGUUUACCUAGCCAUUGCAGUGGGGAACAUUUUCAUUUUAUCAUUUGUUGCCUAUGAAAAGUCCCUGCAAAAGCCAACAUAUCUGGUCUUUUGUCACCUGGCCCUGAACGAUUUAACAUUUGGCACUGUGACACUGCCAAAAAUUAUGUCAAAAUAUUGGUUUGACAAUAGUUUUAUUUCAUUUUAUGGCUGUUUUGCGCAAAUGUUCUUUGUUCAUUAUUUGGGAUCAGUAACAUCUUUCAUCUUGCUGGUAAUGGCUCUUGAUAGAUUUGUUGCAAUAUGUAUUCCUCUUCGUUACCCUGUUCUAAUUACAAACAAUGUCAUAUCUGUGUUGUGUGGGUUUGCUUGGUUCAUACCUCUGCCUUUGAUGAUAGCUGUGGUACUCCAUGCCCUAACUUUGCCUUUCUGUAAAUCAAACAUCAUUGUUCAGUGCUACUGUGACCACAUAUCCAUAAUAAGCCAGGCAUGUGGAGACGAUGUUAGAAUUGUUGUAGUCACUUCACUCUGUUUAGCCAUGUUUUGUCUUUUGCUUCCUCUUGCAUUCAUUUUGUUUUCCUACAUUUCUAUUAUUGUGGUUAUUAUGAAAAUGUCCAGUUCUGCAGGGCGCAAAAGAACCUUAUCCACUUGUACUUCACAAAUAUUCAUCACAUGUCUUUUUUAUCUACCCAGAUGUUUUGUUUAUGUGGCUAAUGCUGUUGGAUUUUCUUUCAGUUUAGAUGUCCGCAUUGGGUUGAUAUUGCUGUACAGUCUUUUUCCUGCUGCUGUUAAUCCAGUCAUAUACUGUUUUAAGACUCAUGACAUUAAACACAUGCUGAUGAAGAAGCUGAAGAAAACUAAAAUUGGAUUACAGAUAAAGCUUUCCCUUUAAUAUGUUACUCUGAGAAGUGAGUCAAUACGCCAAAAGCAGGAUAUAUCUUUCUUGGACACUUUUAUGAAAGUAAAGACUACCUGAUUUUCACAAUGUUAUUUUAUUUGCAUAUAUUUUGUACAUAAUUAUAGGAAACUAUACUGAAAAAUGUCACUUCUCUUGUAAGGGUUAAUGUUCAAAAUCUGUAAAAGUAUGAAAGUAUGCCAUUUACCCACAUUAUUAAACAUCAAUGAAAUUAAUCAAAUGAAUCAAAUGUUGCUGUUACUGUAUAUACUGUAUCAGGGUGGCUUUUGUUGAUGCUGUUUUUGUGAACCUGUGACUACAAUUACACAUUUGCAUCUAGCCACCACACAUUUUUUCAACUUGUGUUUGUUUUGUUUUUCAAGUCAAGCUUUCAUUACUAUUCUGUCAUCUAAUAUUUAAAAUAUGUUUAACGUGUAAUUUAAUUACAUUUUAAUUUUAAUUACAUUUUAAUAAUUUGUAUUUCACCAAGGAGCCUUUUACUGGGUUAGUGUAUAGAAAUAUGGCAUAUAGUUGAUGUUCAGUGGUAUAUCUUUCAGGGUACAGAGAUGACAUUUCCGGGCACGUGAUUUAAAUUGUUUAUUGCUUCUACUGAAUCCAGAAAAUAAUCUCAGAGCACAAAGGAUUUCUAUGUGAAUCGAAUAGACUGUUUAAUAUUUAAUUCUUUUGUUUUGCAUUUUAAAUUGAAAAACCCACAAUAACUAGAAUUUUGCUGUUAGUUUUGCUUAAUAUAAGGUGUAUGUUUUAUUUUUUCUGUUUUGGGGAUUCUUCACUUUGUUUAUAGUUUUUUUUUAUUUUUUAAAGAAAAAUUUGUAUUGGAAUGUAAUUAUACAAGAAAUGAAUUGUAGUGUCUGUUAAAUAAUUUGAAAGUAAUAUGCAACUUUAAAUAAAUUGGAAGACAAGAUGCAUCAUUUCUUUUGUUUACUGUGAGAUUUUUAUAUUUUAUAUUUCAAAUAAUGAUGCAGCUUAAUCGUCAGUUAUUAUAAAUUUAGGUAAUGUAUGUAUGCAUCAGUAUGGUUUCAAAAUUUCUGUGGCGAGAGUGAGACACUGUGAGACCACAGGUCAUGUUUUUGAGCCAUCUUAUUGAAUGCCGCGGCAGCUCACAGACUCCCAGCCGCGCAUACACCACGCCAUAUCUCACAACUCUCUCCCCAAACCCUGAUUACCCCAUGUUUAACACGGCGAAUGCGAUUGCGGAUGCCAUGCAGGUGCAUCCGCGCGGCACAGCAGACCACGCCUCACCACAAUUUCAUUUCAAAUACAUUUAAAAUUCCACUUUUGAGAUGAAGUGAGGAUUUUGAACAGAGAUCAACACAGUGUUCUUAAAAAAAAAGAAUUCUGACUUUAAUCUCUUUCGGCAGCCUCCCUGGACUGCCUCUCCCCUAGCCCCCUAAUUCCCUUAGCAAGCUCGUUAGCAAGCUGCCAUGCUCGAGUGGCUCUUAGGCUGUGCUCCCCUGGCGUAUUCCCUGCAUUUCGACGGCUUACGCACCAGUCGGACCUUGCUGCGGCAAGUUUGAGUUCUCCAGCCUAUUUUAGCCGGGUUUCUCUCUGGCAUAUUUCCCGCGGUGCACAGGUUUACGCGACCAGCAGGGCCCCUCUCGUUACUCGGCGGCUACAGUGCUUAAUGUUUUAGCACUCCACACGACAUUAAAGCUCAUAAGCAAACACACGAAAGCAGCGAAGCCAUACCAUACACACUGUGGGAAUAAACAGUGAAGGGGAGAUUUAGGUGGUGGCUCGUGCCGGCUUGCCCCCCCCCCUUGCUUUGGCCAGAAGUAUGGCAGCCCAUACUUCCUUAGCCCAAAGUGGGGAGAAUGACUGCCACUGGAGUGGAGGCAGAGCAUACAGAACCAUGGGCAGGUUUCCCUCCCCUGGCUACCGAUUUGCCAGGCCCGUCCCACAGUGUUCCCUCCCAUGGCCCCACCUCUGAGCCUGGGCCCAUGGAGGAUAGCUAUCAGGUGGAGGACAGUGAAGUGUCUGCCCUCUCCUCUGGCAACUCUCACCUGUCCUCUGGACGGCCCCCAGCUGCCUCCCCACGCAUGGUGUCUGGCCUGGUAGGACUCUAUCAAAUCAUAGAUAAAGCAUCCCGGGUACUGGAAUGAGCCUCCCCUGAGGUUUCCGUCUCAGUGACCUCAAGGUUUCGCAACCACAGCGCCUCAUAUCGAAGGUGCCACUGCUGCCAGACUGGGGAGGCCCAGAGCUUCUGGGCCUCAACCUGCCCCCUGGACUCCAACUUGGGGCCCUGGAGAUCUCAGGCCCCAGCUUGAGGCCUUUCACAAGCGGCCAUACAUAGGGGAGGCAGGGAAUACGUGGAGCCAAGACUCAGCCGUCCUUCAGCCGCCCACCUCCCUCCUGGCAUCCUUUGAGUCAGGCCCAGUGGUGAGCUGCUGCUGCCGGCUAUGUUCCCCUGUCGUAUUGCCUGCAGUUUGUCGGUUUAAACGCCAGUCGGUCCUCGCUGCAUCUGUCACCUCAGCUGGCAGUUGAGAGUUCUCCAGCCUGCAGCCCCGGCUCUCUAGCAUAUUCCCCACGUGUUCUGUCUGGUGUAUUGCCCACAUGUUGUGGGUUUACGUGGCCAGCGUGACCCAAAUUGGUAGCUCGGUGUGGUACGCUUCGUGGCGGUCGGCCUAGCGGCUCAUGGGCUGACCUUGAGUGGCUGCUCGGUUGCUGUCCUUGUGUUUCGCGGGACAAGCUCAGGCCCCUCUUGUGUCUGCAGAUUGUUGCCUCUGCUCCCCAGCUCAUCCUUUGUGUCAGGUGAAGCCCUGUAUACAUGUCCAUUUGUCUGUAGUUCAUUGGUACUUUUACUCUGGGAUUCGGUUGCACUGUCUCCUCGUGGGGUGUCUUACAGAGUCACGCCAUACAUAUAUAUGUAACGUAGUGGAGAGAUAGUCUCAAUAUGAUAGAGAAUGUACGGUUACAUUGUAACCUUGGUUCUCUGAGUGAGAGACCACCUUUCUCCUCCUUCAGGCUGCUCUCAGACGUGUUCCGAUCAAACUAUCACCGGUGUCACAUUCAGACAGCUGUUCUAUACAUAAGCUGAGGGGUGUGGCCGGGCUAGCUGGAGUGACUUGAAGAAAUAUCCACACGCCACGACUGGGGGAGGGAGGGUCAUACCCCGUACAUAUGGAAUAUGCAACGGAGUAGAAAAAGAUAGUCUCUCACUCAGAGAACCAAGGUCACAAUGUAACCGUACGAUCUCUCUGAGUCAGGAAUUCAUAAUUAAACCUCAUAAGACACAAAACAAAACAAAAAAAAUGGCAAAAAGUUUGUAGUGUUCGUUUAUGUUAUACAGGGAAAAGAGCUCUGGAUCAUGCAUGUCUCUCCUUAUCUAAUAGGCUAAUUUCUAUAUUAUAGAUUAGCAAAUGUUAUUCUGACUUUAUUUUUAAUCCCGAAGCACCAUAAAUUUCAAACAAUGACUUUAAACACCUCCACAGACUUUUUCUGCUGUGAAUUGUUCGUCUUCUAUUACAACUUGCAUCACUUUGAUUAUGGGAAAGUCUUGUGGAAAAAACUUUAAAAGGCUUGUUUGACAGUACAUUAAGAAUCACCAGAGAUAACUGGAGUUGAGAGACAGGGUGCGAUGCUACUCUAGAAAAACAUCUUAUUUUAAAGUUAAACAUUAUUUCCAAAUAGAGCUCUACAUUCACUGUGCAAAAUUUUAAUUGCUUCCUAGUGAUCUGAUCUUCUCCACUAUAUUCCAUCUUGGAUCCUUCGUUUCACAGAUAAAGUAACUCUCCAUCCUUCGACCAGGUUUGUUACGGUAAACUAGGGGACUCAACUAUAUACAGUUGUGCAGGUGUGGGGUCUCCAGGGAAUCCAAGGGAAGGAAACGGUGAAAUCACUCUCACUCCUCUUCUGCCAGCCACUCUCCACUCGCUCACAACUUGAGUAUCCACAGGGAAUGGGAACAGGUGUGGGAUG